AUGUCCUGGUCCUGGUCCUGGCUGGGCAGGCUAGGCUUUGGUACACGCUCCCCCACCGAAUCUUCCAUGGACUCUUCUUCCUCCUCCAUAGCCCAAGGUCCAGACGAUGACAUUGCAGCACCGGGCCAGCAGUUCUCCCAAUUCGGAGCCGGCUGUUUCUGGGGUGUCGAAUUGGCUUUCCAGAGAAUUCCUGGCGUGACCAAGACCGAGGUAGGGUACAGUCAGGGCUUUCUUCAUAAACCCACUUAUGAAGAUGUGUGUUCCGGGACUACGAAGUACUCGGAAGUUGUUAGGAUUCAGUAUGACCCAAAAGAGUGUAGGUACGAGACUUUGCUUGAUGCGUUCUGGGACAGACAUGACCCUACCACCCUUAAUCGCCAGGUGGGUUUGCUGAAUUUUAGAACUUUCUUUGAGGUAUGGAGUUCUAUGCAUAUACACGCGCGGAAGGAUGUUUACAUUUCUUGUGCAUAA